CAUUCACUCCCACACACUCACAGGGAUCAGAGACACUCCAGAUAGAGACGUCACCUCUCUGCCCUCCUCCUUGCUCUUUGGACCUUGAAAUUUUGGAUCGCUAAAUGAGUUGCUCCCCGGGUGCAGAGUGAGUUGCAUCUUUUCAGACUUCCCUCACAGCUGACGUUGACUUUCAAAAGGCUGAGCUGUUGGGAGUAUACUUCCUGGCAUAUGGGAUAUGGAUCUGAUUAGACUGUGGAUCCAUUGAGUUCGAUGCUCAUGUAGCCAGAGCUACAAGAAAGCUACAGAAAGAGAGAUGCUUUCCCAGGAGCGGCCGUGUGUGAUGAACCUGGAGCGCAGUGAAAGAACGGAACGUCCUUCUCCUCGAGGCACAGAGAUGGAGCCUCGUGCUGGGGGAAAGAUGGGGAAGAUAUCUGUGGGCUUCCAGAGGAGCUCCACUUCAGAUGAUGACUCUGGAUGUGCAUUGGAGGAGUAUGCAUGGGUGCCACCGGGACUCAGGCCUGAGCAGGUCCAGAUGUAUUUCUGCUGUCUACCAGAGGAAAAGGUGCCAUAUGUCAACAGCCCUGGAGAGAAACAUAGGAUCCGACAGCUCCUCUACCAGCUGCCGCCACAUGACAACGAGGUGCGUUAUUGCCACUCUCUGACUGAGGAGGAAAAGAGGGAGCUCCACAUGUUCAGUGCCCAGAGAAAGAGGGAGGCACUGGGGAGAGGAACACCCAAGAUCCUGCCUCGAGCUCUGCAACACACCCGCUGUGAAAAUUGUGGCGGAGGCAUCAAUGGAGGGGAGAUGGCAAUUUUUGCCUCCAGAGCAGGGCAGAGCCCCUGCUGGCACCCAGCAUGCUUUGUGUGUGCCACGUGUCAAGAGCUGCUGGUAGAUUUGAUCUAUUUCUACCAAAAUGGCAAGAUCCUCUGCGGAAGACACCACGCUGAGCUUCUCAAACCACGAUGCUCUUCUUGUGACGAAAUCAUAUUUUCGGAUGAGUGUACUGAAGCAGAGGGUCGUCACUGGCACAUGAAGCACUUUGCCUGUUUCGAGUGCGAGACAAUGCUAGGGGGGCAGCGCUACAUCAUGAAAGAUGGCCGGCCCUACUGUUGUGGCUGCUUUGAGUCACUGUAUGCAGAGUACUGCGAGGCAUGUGGUGAAAACAUUGGUGUUGACCAUGCCCAGAUGACCUAUGAAGGCAUACACUGGCACGCUACAGACCAGUGCUUCUGUUGUGCCCAGUGCAAGACAUCCUUGCUGGGCUGUCCCUUCCUGCCAAAGCAGGGUCACAUUUAUUGCUCAAAGGCCUGCAGCCAGGGGGAAGAUAUUCAUGCCUCCGACUCGUCUGAUUCUGCCUUCCAGUCUGCCCGCUCACGUGAGUCACGGCGUAGUGUCCGCAUGGGGAAGAGCAGCAGGCCUGCCGAACAGUGGAGACAGUCACAGCUGUUUAACCCCCCCGCCGCUGUCCCCUCGUUUGAGUAUAAGUUUGGAGAUGGAGAGGGUGAUGGAGAUGCUGAUUGCGACAUUGGUAUCGUCGGGCGCAAGUUGGCCCGUCUAGGCCUGGAGGACGAGAGGUUCUGGAGGGACCGGGAGGAGCAGGAUGCCGGUGGAGAGGAGGAUCCAGAGGAGUGGGCCCAGCAUGAGGAUUAUAUGACUCAGCUCCUGCUCAAGUUUGGUGAUCGUGGGAUGUUACACCAACUUCAGCAGCCAUCCCUAAAAUCUCCCAGCCCUAGCAGUGUCUCUGACCCCUGGCUAAAGCCUGAUACUACAUCUAUGGGGGUUACUGCCUCCUCUCCCACUCCUGCCAGUCCCACCCAGAGCCAGACUUCCAAUCAAUCCCGAGCAAACAGCCUUAGCCCUGGACUGAUGAGCAAGAAGCACCUACCUGAAAUGUACUGGGCCCAGUCACAGGAUGGGUUGGGAGACUCAGCCUAUGGUAGUCAUCCAGGUCCUGCUAGUGCCAGAAAGAUCCAAGAGCUGGAAUUGGACCAGGAUCAGGACCAAUCUGGGACGGGAAGACAGGCCCUCUGGCCAGACACCAGGCAGUGGUAUGAAGACUCCCUUGAGUGUAUCGCUGAUGAGCUGAGGAAAGCCGAGCAGGGUGCUGGAGACUCCAUGGACUCCCUGGCACUCUCAAACAUCACUGGUGCAUCAGUGGAUGGAGAUGGCAGGGAUAGACCUAUAGUCUACACCCUUGCCAUGCAGAAUCCCUCGGUGGCAGAUGACUGUGAGAAGAUGAGCAACAUGGGAACGUUCAAUUCAUCUCAUCUUCACCACAGUGCAAACUCUCUGAACCUUAACAUGGAGAAGGGAGAUGAGGAGGAGGUUGCAUUGGCAAUGAGGGGAGGCACACCUGGAGGACUUCUCUCAUUAUCCCCACAUUCGGAAGGCUUUCCUCCCUCCUUUGUCCAUGCCCCGGCUCUGAGGAGGAGCAAGUCCCAGUCCAGGCCUCCUCAGAUGGUCAAGUUCUCAGAAGACACUGUGGACAAUGGAUACAAUGAUGGGUUUGAUGUCAAUAUUAGAAAGCAUCCCAUGAGUGAGAAGCCACAGAGGAGGGCGUACUGUCCAGAUGAGAUGGGCCGAGAAAGAAGCCGCCCAACAAGCCACCACGGGCGCAGCAGGCAGUACCACCACCGGCAAGGCCGGCACCACAGGAGCCGCAAAACCCGCUCAGACAACAACCUUCACAUGGUGCCUUUGGAUAAAGCACAGAGGCUGUAUGAGCCCCAGCAGCAGGGUCUGGUAAACCCACCUUGUGGUGCCAUGCUCCUACAGCAUCCCGCACACAGGCUGCCCUUGGCCUACUCCCAAACCCCAUCUGACUAUAUGCCUCAGGGCUCAGCUCAAGGAGACCCACGGGUUGACCAUUUCAUGGGUCUCUACAGAGAUGAUGAUGACUGUUGCUCCACUUGCUCUUCUUCAUCCUCAGACUCUGAGGAGGAGGGCUAUUUCCUGGGCCAGCCAAUCCCUCAGCCUCGAGCGGCUUCGCGCUACUAUGCUGAGGACUACCCAACAAGGGUUACAGCCCUCUCUUCCCAGAGCCAUGGCUCACAGACUGGUCGCAGAAAGAGCCACCGCUCCAAAAACUGUAUCAUCUCUUAACAGCUCAGAGCCUAUUUACCUUAUAAUCUGCAUUACACUAAGCAAUAAAGUCAGAUUUUCUCAUCAUGUGGUUUUCGCAGAUCAAAUCUGGGUUUAGAAAGGCAGUUUAAAACAACCCAUGAGCACAGACUGCGUAUUACGCUCUAACAGAAGGUGCAUGGCCAAAAGUCAAGAUGCAUAUCAUAUUUUAGGCCCAAAUCUACUGAAAGAAGAAAUCAAUCUGCUAUGUUUUUUUGUGUAUGUGCAAAUUUAGUCUUAUUGAAUUUUAGCACUAAUAUCAUGCAUGGACUGGUAAAUUUGGUAGCCUUUCUUUAUACAGUGCAGAGGAAAAUUAUGCAGAGCUGGCAGAGUGGCGACAUUCAACUUUUUCCUUUCAUUUCAGCAUUUGCUAUUAAGUUUUUCAAAAAUGUUUUAUGUUCAGUCAAAAGUUUUGCAGCAAUAUCUUUUUGUGCUUUAAAAUGGAAACAUGUACACCGAGGUUGAUAAAGUAGAAAAUAGAAAUGAACCAAAUGAUUAUUUAAUGCAUAAUAGUACAAAAUGAUAAUGUAUAUACUAAGUUAAGAUUUUAAUACUGGUAUUUUUAUAUCUGUGGUUUAAAGAAUAGUUUCCUUUGAAGUGUAUGAUAAAAAAAGCAGUUGUAAUGGUAAACAAACAUACCUCGUUAAUAUUUUAUGAGAAACAACAAAGAAGGUGCCACUUCAUAAACUGUGUUCUUCACAGUAAAGUGCCAUGUUACUCUGUAACAAUGUCUAUUAUAACAUAUAUUCCACAAUGCUCACUAUUGCUGUACAAAAUAUAAAACAAAUGGCAGUAACACCUGCAUUUUCCAUAUUCAGCCGAACUGUUCACUACCCUUGCUCUGACAUAACCAGCUAAAUGCUUUGUGAUGUAAAGACGCUUGUAAUAAAUAUUUUUCUCCUCUCAAA